ACAAAAAAAAAACAAGAGAGAAAAACGAAAGCAAGCUGCUCAAUUAAGAUCAUGAGUCCUUCUCUGGUUCUAGUUGCUUUCUUUUUGUUUGCCAUCUCCUUCCUGCUAGCAGAAAGAGGAAGAAGGAGGGCCAUCUCAAACAAGAUAGCCCUUCUACCUUCACUUCCAGGGCUUCCCUUGAUUGGUAAUAUCCAUGAACUUGGCUCUCUGCCACACCAAUCACUCCGGGAGCUGUCGAAGAAGCAUGGAUCCCUCAUGCUUCUUCAUCUAGGCUCCAUUCCAACUUUGGUAGUCUCAUCUGCGGAGCUUGCUCAAGAGUUCAUGAGAACACACGACAUGGUAUUUGCUAGUCGGCCCUCUUCCAAAGUAUCCAAGCUUCUAUCCUACAACAACAUUGACAUAGCCUUCUCACCAUAUGGUGAUUGUUGGAGACAGCUGAGGAGAAUUAGCGUAAAUAAUCUCCUUGGCCAGAAAAUGGUGCAGUCCUUCAGCAUUGUUCGUAGUGAAGAGGUUGCUCAGUUGCUCGAAAGAAUUGCAGAUCAGGCUUCGAGUGAUAAUGGCGUUGUAUGCAUCACUGAGAUGUUGAAUUCACUAGUAAGCAACAUUCUCUGCAGAGUUGUUUUAGGAUCAUCGAUGAGCGAUGAGAGAACGAGCCUUGUUUGCGAACUGGUGAAGAGGAACUCAACUUUCUUUUCUGUUAUGUUCUUUGAGGACCUUUUCCCAAAGUUAAGGUGGUUGGAUGUGCUUUUAGGAUCUGAAGCCAAACUUAGAACUCACUUCAACACAUGGGAUUCUCUUUUGGAGGAGUUUAUAGAGAAUCAUCUAAAUAGGUGCAAGGAUGGGGGUGACAGCAAUGGCACGAAUACGGAUUUCAUUGAUAUUUUGCUUCAACUGCAGAGAGAUUCGAACACGGACUUUGUCCUCACAAGGAACCAUAUCAAGGCCAUACUAAUGGACAUGUUUGCUGCGGGAACAGACACAUCAUUCAUAACCCUUGAUUGGAGUAUGGCUGAACUUAUUCGAAAUCCAGAAGUGAUGAAGAAGGUACAAGAUGAAGUGAGAGAAAUAGCCAAUGGAGAUGAGAUGAUAACAGAGGAACGUUUGGGCCAACUAAAGUAUUUGAAUGCUGUCAUAAAAGAAGUUCUUCGUCUCCAUCCUCCUGUUCCCUUACUGCUUCCCCGAGUGUCAACCGAAGCUUGUCAAAUGCAAGGAUAUAACAUUCCGAAAGAAACAAGAGUCAUCAUCAAUGCAUGGGCUAUAGGAAGAGAUGGAGCUUAUUGGGAUUCUCCAGAUGAGUUCAAACCAGAAAGAUUUUUGGACAGUACUAUAGACUAUAGAGGUAAAGAUUUCCAUUUGAUACCAUUUGGUGCAGGUCGGAGAAUUUGCCCGGGGAUGCCAUUUGCAGUUGCAGUUGUUGAACUUACUCUGGCAAAUCUAUUGCUUCGCUUCAAUUGGACUCUUCCUAGUGGCAUUUCUAAAGAAGUCAUGAAAAUGGAAGAUAGUCCAGGAUUAGGUUCUUUAAGAAAACAGAAACUUGAAUUAGUGCCAACACUUGUCAAUAUCAAAUAAAUGUACGCCAUACCUCUAUAUGAGAUUUGCAAUGCAUGAAUUAUCAACUUGGCCAAAACGACAUAUUUUAUGUAAUAAAUAUUUUGAAGUAAGCUCCUAACUUACAAGUUAUUAAAAAA